AUGGCCAUGGGAGUGACUAAUAUAUUCUCUGACAAGGCUGAUUUGACUGGAAUCGCCGAGAAACCUCCACUCAAAGUUUCACGUGCUGCUCAUAGAGCCAUCAUUGAGGUAUAUGAAGAAGGAACAACCGCGGCGGCUGCUACGCUCUUCAAGAGUACACGAAAGAAACUCAUUUUGAAAAGACCGCUGAGUUUCCGAGCCGAUCAUCCGUUUCUGUUCAUCCUUACCAAGGAUAAAAAUCCUUUGUUCAUGGGUCAAUUUGUGUGA